ACUCUAGCAAAACAAGCGCAUGUGGAAAGUGCCUCGUGAGAAACGUGGGUUUACUUCAACAAAAAAAAGUUCGCUGUCGACGUGAAGGAAGACGCCGAGCAAUGAACGAACCUGGACAUUACCCCCCUCCGGACUUCAGCUGUCCCCCUGCGAACUCCAUUCAGCACUCCCAGCAGCCCCGCGCCAGUAGCUUCCACCCCAACAUGUGGAACUGGAGCGAGACGCCCACCGAGCCUACCUGGGACUACAGCUACCAGGUGGACUGGCAUCACGGACCAGGGGCAGGGUUUGGCUUUCCAACAGGUCGUGUAAAUUAUCCACCUAAACGUCCAUACGGUCAGAACUUUGGUCGUGAUUGGCAUCAAGGUGGGAGACAGAAUCACGGACCCCCCAACAGCCAUGGAAAAAAGCAGAAAAAUAAGAAAGAACCACAGUAUUCCCAUUUUUGUGACACCUGUGACCGGGGUUUCAAAAACCAGGAGAAGUAUGAUGAACAUAUGUCUCAGCACGUCAAGUGUUCUGUGCCCGACUGCAGCUUCACAGCUCAUGAAAAAAUAGUCAGCAUCCACUGGAAAAAUAACCAUGCACCAGGAGCAAAAAGAAUCAAGCUGGACACACCAGAGGAGAUUGCAAAAUGGAGAGAGGAGAGGCGCAAAAACUAUCCAACACUUCAGAAUAUUGAAAAGAAGAAAAAAGUGAUGGAGGUGCGGGAGGAGACAGGAGGCAUUCUAGAGACAGCUCAGUUUGGACGAAUGAGAGGCAGAGGGCGAGGACGGGGUCGAGGUCGUGGUUGGGGUAACAGAGGUUUCCAGGGGCAACACCCACGUGGCCCUCACUCGUUCGACAGAAGUGCUACGGAGAGGCCUCCACCCCUCACCCAGCCCUGUAGGGACGGGGAUCCACUGGGAGCACUGGCCAUCAGUGACCACGAUUCUGACAGGGAGGAUCCAGCUGCUGAGUCUAGGACUGGUGGCCUGGUUGUGGCUCCUAAACAGAUGAGCUCAGCUCUGGGUUCCCUGGUGGCAAACUACGGCUCCUUAAGUGAGAGUGAAAGUGAUGAAGAACCAGAGACUACCACUAUCCAGAGAGCCAAAGACCUUGUGCAAGAAAACCAGGUUCUCCUAAACACAAUACAACCCACCUCCCAGGACAGAGGAUCAUAUGGAGACAUGGCAAGCUCUUCACACAAAGUAGAAACUAACAAAGUCCCCCAGCCAGACUCUGCUCCUUACACACCUAAGAGCAGAAGAGGAAGGGGGGGGAGAGGAGGGAGAGGAGGAAGAGGAGGAAGAGGAAGACACCAGGAAACACUGCAGAAACGUCCUACUCUACUUGAGAUGUUACUCGCCCCAGAUAUCCGCCAUGAGAGGAACGUCCUCCUACAGUGCGUGCGCUAUGUUGUCCGCAACAACUUCUUCGGCCUGGAGAGCAGACCUCAGCUCCAGGAGGGGAUCAGAGCUACACCACCCACCACAACAGGAGAGCAUGAAGAGAAGCAGAAAAGGACAUUAGAGAAAGUCAGGGCUGUGAACAAGUCUACAUCUCUGUUUACUGGAGAGAGAAGUUCAACACAAAGUGACACAGCGAUCCCAGAAGCUGGCAAUCAGGAGGAUUUAGAAACAAAUAAAGCUGUUGGCAAGUAUUUGCCCCAAAACUGUCAGGAUGAGGGUUUACUGACUGACCAAGUUUGCUCAGAACAACCUGAGGAUCGUCCUGUGGACUCAGUAGUGAAUGAUGAGCAGGUUGCAGGGGAUUUCGUCCAAAAUGCUGCCUCUAAUGUGUAUGAUGAUGAAAUUUGGGAGACCCCUGGUACUGUUUUGUGAAAUUUUAUUAAAUGACUGUAAUGGAUUAAUCUUUUGUUCUGAAACACAAAACUGAGACGUUUGUGUAAUUAAAAAAAGUUAUGUUAAAAUUCCUCCACAGAUUUUUUUUUUCUUUUUUAAGCAAUGUGUCUUUAUAUGACAUGGUGUUAGUAUGACUAACUAAAAAGCUGUAUUUUGUAACACACUAUGUACUAAAUAAAGACAGUCUUUUUUUCUGGCAA